CCGAAUCUGAAAACAAAUCAUACAGCUCUAGAGAAGUGAAGCUAUUGCCUUGGAAGCUGAAUCAAAUUGAAGUAUGGCUGAAGCAGGAGAGAAAGAGACUCAUGAUCAGUUUGAGAAGAGAUUCAGCACCCUAGUAAUCCAUGGGUUUGUCUCCCUUUCAACGUCUCUAGGAAUUCAAUCGGGUCUCUUUGAUGCUCUUAUAAAGCUGAAGGAUGAGGAGAGGACUGUCAAGGAAAUUGCUGAUACAGCCGGGCUGAAGGAAAGGUAUGUGAAAGAAUGGCUUGGAGUGAUGGUUGCAGCUGACAUCGUCGACAUCAACCCCGAGACAGAAAAAUACAGUCUCCCCCCUCAUCGUAUAACGUUCUUCCAGUCUGGUAGUAGUGAUAGUAAUUUAGCAGUCACACUCACAGACUUAACCAUGUAUGGUGCAGUCUACAAAAAGCUGUUAGAUUGUCUCAAGAAAGAUGGCCCACAAGGACUGUCAUACUCAGAAUACACAGAUUUUCAUACCGUGAUGUCUAAUCAUAGCAGUAUAUGGGUUCUGCAACAUCUGGUCCAAGAUUUUAUACCGUCCAUGCCUCAAAUAGAAGAACGAAUGAAGUCUGGUAUCAGAAUAUUGGAUCUGGGUUGCGGGAGAGGAUUGGCCUCACUUGCUUUUGCAGAGAGCUAUCCAAACAGCACCGUUGUAGGACUGGAUAUCUCACAAGAGGCAAUAAACUAUGGAAAAGAACGGGCCAAGGAAAAAGGCCUUACCAACGUAGAGUUUAUCCGUGAGGAUGCAGCAUGCAUACCUGAUGAUUGGAACAAUACGAUUGAUUACAUCUACACAUUUAAUGUCAUCCAUGAUCUUGCGCAUGCUGACAAGGUUUUGUUGGCCUUGAACCGUAUCCUCAAACCAGAUGGUGUCUUUUCCAUGAUAGAUAUAGACUGCAAGACCAAGCAUUCAGAGAAUGCUUCAAAUGAGUAUUGUUCUAUGUUGUAUACCAUGAGUCUAUUCCAUUGUCUGGCUAUAUCUCUGUUCUUUGAGGGCAGUGUGGGGUUAGGAACAUGUUGGGGGCGAGAGAAAGCCACAGAGUUUCUCAAGGAUGCAGGGUUUCAAGUGGAUUCAAUCACGAAACCCGUUGGCAGUAGCCAAGCACAUUACAUGUGUACGAAAAUAUUGAAGUGAUGGCUGAGAUAAAGAAAUAUAAUUUUCUGCCAUAUAAAUGAUAACAAAUUUUUAAUUUUAAUUAUUAGCAUUAUUAUCAUAAUUAUUAUUAUCAUCAUUAUUAUUAUUUUUGUUAUUACAAUUACGAUUGAUAUCAUUAGUAUUAUCAGGACUCCAUAUUUGUUUGGUUCCUGUAGACUAGAGCUGUGUUACAAUGCUACUCAUAUAUAUCAUGCAAUACUAACACUUUUUAUUCUACAAAACUUGUUAGCAAUCAUUAGUAGGAUAGUCAGAUAUA